GCCCGCAUCAUCGACCGAUGUAAGAUUACAAUAUCGACAACAUAUGGGCAGCAAGGAGUCAUGAGCAUGACACGUCGCAUAUAGUAUGCUUCUCCCUACACGCGCUGGAUAUUCGAGUCGACCAUGCGCCAGCUUCGUUAGGCUCGCAAAGCUCAAGGCGCGGGAUGAAACCACGCAUCUCAGUCGCGGCGCGGUACGACGCGGAUUCGCAACAGAUGGAGCCAUUUUAGAAGAUCACCAGACGAAGAACCCCUCUUCUCUUGCCAAGACUUCAAACCCCCGUUUUAAUGAAAUAGGGGUGCAGCAACUCAGCAGCCAUGUCCACUCCCAAAUAUUCCCCGGACCGUCAGUUGCGGCGCCGAAAGAACUUGUCGAGCUUGCGAGAGAUCAUUUGCAGCGACACGAGCUCCUCGGCAAGAAUACAGACGACAACCCCCCGAUAUCGUUCGAUUUACCACUACUCCAAGGCGAAACCCUUGAUGAGCACUUCUAUAAAUUAGGCACGGAUGCUGGGGAGCCGUACUUUGGCUAUGCAAACCAGUUUACGAAGGCAAACGGACCACCGAAACCGCGGAAAUGGGUGCAUCGAAGCGGCUGGACGAAGUACUACAGUGAUGGGAGGACGGAGGCAGUGGAUGCGCCAAAUGAGGAGAUGUUAUGUUUCGACACUGAAGUUAUGUGGAAGGAGAGCUCAUUCGCCGUUAUGGCAUGCGCAGUCAGUCCCACUGCUUGGUAUGCCUGGUUAUCGCCAUGGCUGCUUGGGGAGUCGGAAUCCGAUAGACACCUGAUACCCCUUGGGGAUCCACAACGUCACCGGAUAAUUGUUGGGCACAACAUUGGCUACGAUAGAGCCCGGAUCGCAGAGGAAUACUCUGUAAGCCAGUCUAAGAACUUCUUCCUUGACACCAUGUCGCUACACGUGGCCGUCAAUGGAAUGUGCUCCCGACAACGACCAACCUGGAUGAAGCACAGAAAAAACCGAGAGCUACGAGAUAAAAUCGCACACGAGACAGAUAACAUCGAAUUGGCUGCCCUUUUAGGUGACAGGGGCCUUACCGAAGAAGAGGAGGAGCUGUGGGUGGGCAGAAGCUCUGUCAAUUCGUUACGAGAUGUAGCCAAGUUCCAUUUGGAUGUCACCAUUGACAAGGCUCAAAGGGACAGCUUUGGCGAACUCGACCGCGCUGGCAUUCGAGGAAAGCUGGACGAACUGUUGGAUUACUGUGCUGCGGAUGUCUCGAUCACACACCGCGUGUACAAAAUCGUCUUCCCUAAUUUCCUCGCGACAUGCCCUCACCCAGUGAGCUUCGCUGCAUUACGCCACCUAUCAUCUGUCAUACUUCCAGUUGACAAGUCAUGGGAGUCAUAUAUCGCCAACGCAGAAGCUACAUAUCUGAAACUCUCCGAUUCCGUCCAGGAACGCCUGAUCGCACUGACUGAGAAGGCUCUGGAGAUCAAAGGAGAUGAGGAGAAGUGGAGUAAUGACCCGUGGUUGCGUCAGCUGGACUGGUCGGGCCAAGAAAUCAAGAUGGUAAAGGGCAAGAAGAAGAAUGACCCUCCGAGACCAGCGGCACGGCAAAAGAUGCCAGGUAUGCCAGCAUGGUAUAAGGGCCUUUUCGCCAAGGCUGAUGCCCCAAUCAAUUUGACUGUUAGGACCAGACUUGCACCGCUCCUGCUUCGAUUGGCAUGGGAUGGACAUCCAUUGUUUUGGUCUGAUAAAUAUGGCUGGACAUUCCGAGUGCCAGUAGCUGAGUCUCAGAAGUACAAGGAGUUGCAGAUGCAGAGGUGCACCGAGUUCGAUGAGAAGGAUAUGGCGCUGAGAGACGAUACAGGCGGCGUUUUUUACAAGAUUCCGCAUAAGGAUGGACCAACGGCACGGUGUGCAAACCCGAUGGCAAAGAGCUACAUGUCAUACUUCGAAAAGGGCAUCCUAUCUUCGGAAUACUCAUACGCAAAGGAGGCUCUUGAAAUGAACGCUUCGUGCUCCUACUGGAUAAGCGCAAGAGACCGCAUCAUGUCGCAGAUGGUUGUAUAUGACGCUGAUCUCCAGAAGCCAGCCAAGGGACAAGCAUCUAACGACACGGGCUACAUUCUACCGCAAGUUAUCCCCAUGGGCACGGUGACAAGACGAGCUGUCGAAAAUACAUGGCUUACAGCAAGCAAUGCCAAGGCAAAUCGUGUCGGAUCAGAGUUGAAGUCUAUGGUCAAGGCGCCACCCGGAUACUGCUUUGUGGGAGCUGAUGUGGACUCUGAAGAGCUUUGGAUCGCGAGUCUCGUCGGUGAUGCACAGUUCAAGCUGCAUGGUGGGAAUGCCUUGGGGUUCAUGACCUUGGAAGGCACCAAAGCAGCUGGAACUGAUUUGCAUUCGAGGACUGCGUCGAUUCUGGGCAUUACGAGGAACGAUGCCAAGGUGUUCAAUUACGGACGUAUCUACGGAGCAGGUCUCAAGUUUGCGUCUACUCUACUCAGACAGUUCAAUCCUGGAUUGUCGGAAGCAGAGACCACAAAGGUUGCCACGGCUCUGUAUAAGGAGACCAAGGGAGCGAAGACUAACCGGAAGGCGUUACACAAGAGGCCUUUCUGGCGUGGAGGAACCGAGAGCUUUGUCUUCAAUAAGCUUGAAGAAUUUGCAGAGCAGGAGAGGCCGCGGACGCCAGUUCUCGGAGCAGGAAUUACUGAAGCAUUGAUGAGUCGAUUCAUCAACAAAGGUGGCUUCAUGACUUCGAGGAUCAACUGGGCGAUUCAAUCUUCUGGUGUCGACUAUCUGCAUCUUCUGAUAAUAUCUAUGGACUAUCUGAUUCGUCUGUUCAACAUCGAUGCGAGACUCGCAAUCACCGUCCACGACGAAAUCAGAUAUCUGGUCCGUGAGGAGGAUAAAUAUAGAGCUGCAAUGGCUCUGCAAGUGUCCAACGUCUGGACUCGCGCCAUGUUCUCUCAACAAAUGGGCAUCAAUGACCUUCCCCAGUCUUGUGCUUACUUCUCGGCCAUCGAUAUUGACCAUGUUCUCCGCAAAGAAGUGGAUAUGGACUGCAUCACCCCAUCGCACCUAACAAAAAUCCCCCACGGAGAGUCAAUGGACAUCAUGCAGCUCCUUGCCAAGGGCUCGCUCGCAAAACUGGAGCCUAGCAUCCAGCCGACCGACGCACCAAAGCUCGACGGCAUUAAGUACACCCAUCGCCAACCGGUGAUGGAGGCGCUAGAGAAGGCUAACCUCAGCUUCCUCAAAGCACAAAUCACAGCCGACGAGAACGAACUAAAAGAGAUCGUCAAGGUCCAACGCAAAGUCCUCGACGCCGACGAAAAAACCGCUAAGCCGAAGCAAACACGCGCUCGCAAGAUCCUGCCAUACCAGGCGCACGCAGAAUUGAUGGAGGAGCCACUUAAUAUCACUGACUUGCUAGAGAGCAACUUCAGGAAGGACACGAGGAAGAAGAAACAAGAGCACUACCCGUGGGAAGAACAGAUGCCGCCGCGGUAUAAACCCACACACCGCUGGUAACACACACUAUCAUAUCAGAUGUAAGCUUUCAUAUGUCGGGGAACACAAUUGUACAGGAUGGAUGGGAACGGGAAUUGGCGUAUUCGAGCGUUGUUGGCAGGGGUGUAGUUGAACGGGACAGCGGCGCUUUUUGUGUGAGAAUAGUGUAUUUUGGGCUAAGGUUGUAUAUUUGAUUGUACGGGAAUAGCGGGCUGCUAACAAAAGACGACGGGAUGUCUGUAAUGAAAACUGUAAUACUCGUAUUUUAUUCUGGCU